AAUUCAAGUCUAGAGUCGAAAAGACUUUCGGUUUCAGCUGCCCUUUUCUUUUUCUUUUUCUUUUUCUUUUUUUUGUCUCCUAGCUGCCUAAAGAACCUCUCUCUCUCUCUCUCUCUCUCUGCUCAAAUCGAAAUUAGGGUACGAAGUUGACGGCGAGAAGAUGAGUGCUUCAAGGUUCAUAAAGUGCGUCACCGUCGGUGACGGCGCCGUCGGCAAGACUUGUCUACUCAUCUCCUACACAAGCAACACUUUCCCCACUGAUUAUGUUCCAACUGUCUUUGAUAAUUUCAGUGCUAAUGUGAUUGUUGAUGGGAACACCAUCAACUUGGGAUUGUGGGACACUGCAGGACAAGAGGACUAUAAUAGACUAAGACCAUUGAGCUAUCGUGGUGCUGAUGUCUUCUUGCUCGCAUUCUCUCUAGUCAGCAAAGCUAGCUAUGAAAAUGUUACUAAAAAGUGGGUUCCUGAACUCAGACAUUACGCUCCUGGUGUUCCAAUCAUCCUUGUUGGAACAAAGCUUGAUCUUCGAGAUGAUAAGCAGUACUUUGUUGAGCACCCUGGAGCUGUGCCUAUAUCUACUGCUCAGGGUGAAGAACUGAAGAAGCUUGUUGGAGCUUCUGCUUAUAUAGAAUCCAGUGCAAAGACCCAACAGAAUGUAAAAGCCGUCUUUGAUGCGGCUAUUAAAGUAGUUCUCCAGCCACCUAAAAACAAGAAGAAAAAGAAGAGAAAGUCUCAGAAACGAUGUUCUGUAUUGUGAUUCGCUAGAACAAGAAGAACCCAACAGUUAUAAAGUUAUAACUAAUCCUUGUGUUCCGAGAGUGCUACGGACCCAUUUUUUCUUAUUUCCAUGAAACAAGAAUCUGUUGUUUUGUAGUCUGAAUACUGACAUAUCAGAAGAAACUCAUUGGUCUUGUUUGAGGUUGUAUUCUUGUUUGCAUUAUGUAAAUAUAUGAUGAUACCACGUUUUUCUUUCGAUUCCAUUUUAGAGACUAUUUACUG